AACACAGAGGUUAAAUGAGUGCCUGGUGGAAAUGAAUCGACCGCUCCUGACCGAUUCAGAGGAAAGAAGAAGAAGAAGAGGGAGGAGGAGACGUUGCUGUGGACGCAGACAGCCGGUUCCUGACAGCUGACUCAGAGCCAGAGAACAGCGGGAGGACAUGAGUGGACACAAGAUGACGUCUUCUCACAAACACAGCAUUUGCAGUUGUGUCUAAAGAACAAAUCAUAGGACAUGAACUUGGAUCUUUACACCCAGGGAUCAAGGAAUCGUCUCAUCUCAGGAAGAGCAAGCGGAUAAUUUGACUUAAAGGCCUCCUCUGCCUCGACGAGAAUGCCCGAACGAGUGAGUGACUUCCAGGGUCAGAGCUUUCCCAAGCUGCGGCGGGACUGCCUGCGUCGGGGGGCGCUCUUUAAAGACCCCCUCUUCCCCGCCACUGCCCAGUCCCUGUUCUACAAACGGAAGCCCCCGCCGGGUCUGACGUGGAAGAGGCCGAGGGAAAUAUGUAAGGACCCUCGUCUGUUUGUCGACGGCAUCAGCACUCGGGACCUCCACCAAGGCAGUCUGGGUAACUGCUGGAUGGUGGCUGCCAUUUCCUGCCUGGCGUCUGAGCCAUCUCUGUGGAAAAAGGUCAUCCCUGACCAUGUGGAGCAGGAGUGGAAUCCCAAACGUCAGGACUUGUACGCGGGAAUCUUCCAUUUCCGCUUCUGGCGCCUCGGCCGCUGGAUGGACGUCGUUGUGGAUGACCGUCUGCCGGUCAGCGGGGACGGGGUGCUGCUCUUCUGCCGCUCGGCUACACCCCGAGAGUUUUGGAGCGCCCUGUUGGAGAAGGCCUACGCCAAGCUCAACGGCUGCUAUGAGGCGCUGGAGGGAGGAAACACUGCCGAGGCCCUGAUCGACUUCACCGGGGGAGUUUCGGAGCCCCUCAGUCUCGACCGCGAGGCCCUCGGCCCGGGCAGCGACCACAGGAGGACGUUCUUCCAGACGUUAGCCAAGGCCCACGAACGCAAAGCCCUCAUCACCUGCUCCAUACGGCCAGCAGAGGGGGAGACGGUGGAGUCGGUGUUGGACUGCGGCCUGGUGCGAGGACACGCUUACGGGAUCACGGCGGUGAAGAAGGUGAGGCUGGGGGAGAGGCAGCUGAAGACGGGCGGGACGUCCAGGCUCUUCAUGGUGCGCAUGAGGAACCCGUGGGGGACCACCGACUGGACGGGUGCCUGGAGUCAGAGGUCACAGCAGUGGCAGCAGAUGAGUCGCGCAGAGAGGGAGAAGAUGGGCCUCGUAGUCCGAGACGUUGGGGAGUUCUGGAUGGAUUUCCAGGAUUUCUGUCACUACUUCACAGACGUGGUUGUGUGCCGGCUGGUGGAGAGAGCUCUGCUGUGGCCGAGCUCUCAUUGGAGAGAGGUCCACUGCUACGGGGAGUGGACCCUGGCUCCAAACACCCCCGGGACACCUCCGUCCACCGUCUGCCACAGAAACUACGAGUUGACCCCUGGGAAGAACAGCAUGAAAUCCGGAGGGCCUGAACAGCGCGGCAACCGGAAGGAGGCCCGGCUCGGGGAGAGUCAGCAGGGGGGAAGGAGAGGAGGAAGGCGGGAUAGGGCUUUGAAGAAAGUGAUGGAGGACGAGGAUGGUGGAGAGGGGGAUGGAGGAUGGACAGCGCAUGUGGACAAAAGGAGUCGGUGUGGAGGGUGCAUCAACCACAGAGAGACGUUCCUGCACAAUCCACAGUUUAUGUUUGAGGUCGGAGCCAAAGAGGAGGAGGUGCUGAUCUGCCUGCAGCAGGAGGACAGGAGGGUCCGCAGGAAAGACGGAGGAGGAGACAACCUGCCGAUCGGCUUCGAGGUGUUGAAGGUGGAGGUGAACCGCCUCAGCCGGGUGCAGUGUGUGGUGGAGCAGGUGGGCAGCUCCGUCUACAUGGACUCCCGCAGCGUGACGCUGAGGGCGACGCUGGCUGCAGGCCGCUACGUCGUGCUGCCCACCACCUUCCUGCCGGGCGCCACCGGGCGCUUCCUGCUACGACUCUUCUCCCAUUCCCACGUCAGUCUCAGGGAAUUGAAGGAGGAUUUGCCACCUCCCUCUCUGCUCCAGUGUUUCCUACCUCAACCCACUGUGGUGACCAGCGUCCAUCUCCGCAGGGCGUCCGGACUCAGUCCCCCGAAAGAGACAGCUCCAAAUGUUUAUGCCGUGGUGAGAUGUGAGAACGACGUCAUCAGGACGCGGGUGUUCAAGGCGGAGGGAAACCCCGAGUUCAACCUGCGAUCCCUCUUCUACAGGAGACACCCCGACACACACAUCUCUAUUGAGCUGUGGGGCCGAGGUCUGCUGUGGGACUCGCUGCUCGGCGUCGCUCGACUCCAGACGCUGGAGUGUGAGAGGACUCGGAGUCAUGUGAUCGACGUGCGAGGAGGGGGACCGUCCGGCUCGGGUUGUGUCCACGUCGAGACGUCCUCCAGCGUCUGCCUCACAGACUUGUGACAUCACAAGCCACUGCCACCAUCGUCUUCCCUGCCGCCAAAAUAAGUUUUAUCGUGUGUUGUAAUUAUUUUUAUUAAUCUCACUGUUGUCGUCGUUGUUGCUUUUCUUCUUGUUGCCGUCAUAUUUAUUUUCUGUUGUUUAUAUUUGAAAUAUGAAUAUACAAAAGUCAUGUUGCAUGAUGAUUAAAUGAUAAGAAAUAUGUGUUUUUCACAUCAAUGUGUCUGAAUACUUGCAUUAAGUCAUGUUAGUUUGUGUAUUUUGAUAUUUUAACCGAAUUGAACACAUUUACACAGACGUGUUUUAGGGGAAUGUGUUCACUUCAGCCUUUAGCCCAGAGAAGUGUGUUGCAAUGAGACGGGUUUGUGCAUUCCUGCUUGUUUGCUGAUUCAUUUCUGCUGAUGUCCAACAGCCUUGUCUCCGAGAAGUGAUUAGAAGAGACCCGGGUCGAACCUAUUAUAGACAUUGAUUCUGUGAGGGAAGAUAAGAAUAUAUAAGUUGAUAUUUCACAACUGGUUUCAUUCUGAUGUUUUUCAUUGGCAGGUGACUGGUAAAGGAGGCCAAACAAUUGUAUUCCUGAUAAGAACCUCUUUGAUGGGAUAUUUUUAUAUAUUCUUUAUUGUAUUUUUGAAUGAUGCACUGACACAAGCAGCCUUUGUUACUACUAGAAAAUCUGCCUUCAAAAGACAUUCUGGCCGGAAGCUCGGAGCAAAGUCCACACCGGUUUCAAUACAAACUAUGCAAACUCGAGAUAAACGGCGACGACUCAUUGUGACUCAGUAAUCGUUUAAUCAUUUGGCAGAAUUUGUUUAUCAGGAGGCUCGGGGCUGUUACUGCUUUACAAAGUGAAGUAUCCUUAAACUAACAUUCAUCACCUGUGAUAGAAGAAAUACACAUGUUGCUGCAUGUCAAGGUUUUACUCUCAACUUUCUUUCUUUCUUUUCUUUUUUCUAUGUUACCCUGCAUGAUUCAAACUGCGUCACUUCAUUUCACUUACCUUCACUUUCAUGUGUUUCAACCAACGUUGUUAAAACACUGUUAAUAAACACCUGAACAAGAACAAAUGUGAAACCUGAUAUAUCGAGGUCCUAGUGCUGCUGUUAAACAUCUCCUAUGUCGUAAUAUAGUGUUCAUUUUACAUUGUGGUCAUUUUUGUAAUCCUCGUUUGUGGCUGCUUCACAGUGGCAGAAUUUAAGAGGAAAUAAAAUGUGCAGU